AUGGGCGGCUCGCGCAAACAAGGAGGAUGGGACAAGAACGUCGAGCAGUGGCGAAAGCAGCCUGGAUCUGGAGGACCUGGUUGGCAGGACUGGGAGCAAUCGCGGUGGCGCAGGGACCGAUCGGAACAGGGUCCGGCUUUCCCGCGAUACGAGUCCAUGGAAGUGCAGAAUGCUGGCCGCCACGAAAAGGGAUUGCCCAGUCGGCCCGAGGACAAGCCGGAGCCGGAGAGCCAGCCUACCAGAGCCAAGCAAGUCCAGAAGUACGCCACGAAUGUUCGCAAAGCGGAGGCGAAGAUACGCAAGGCGACCCAGGAGAAGACGGCGACGCAGGCCAGAUGGGAGAAGUACCAGAUCCAGCUCAAGGAGGCUUUCCUCGAGGAGCACGCCAGGUACAAGGCGGACCUGCGGCGAAUCCACGAGGAGAUGGAGGAGGAAAAGGGACUCCAGAAAGAAGCGGAGGCGGCGCUACAACAACUCAUGCUGAACCCGGAGGCUAUGAUCGAGCCAGGGGCAAAGUCAGUGGACCCGGAAGCCGAGGCCGAAUGGGCCCGGAUGAUGAGAGCACCGCCAGAAGAGAUGGAUCUGGACGAGGACUUCGGCGGCUCCCAGAACUUCGACCCCACGAAGCUGAUGAAGUUCUUGCAGGCAGUACGUGGCCUGAUCCCGGACCUGGAACCGCCCCACAAGGCACCGACACAGCAAAUCGAGGUGCCGGCCCCAGUCCAGGAGAACAAGACCUAUGUCCCUGCCAGGGUGGUGACCGACUUUGGCUCCCACCCCUACGCGGCGUCACCGAGCGGCAGGCACACCAUGCCAUCGCCUGGAGCAGCGAAGCCAGCCCUCUCGCCGUCGAAACACAUGCCCAUCCACCUCCCUGGGAGAAAUGUCCCGAAGCCAGUGGCGGGAACCAGGCUGGCCAAGCGACUCAAGGACCGGGCGGACCAGUCCAUUCCAGUGGACUCGGAGGACGACGAGGACGCCCUGAUCGACAACCUCAAGCGGCCGCCGGAUGGUCCCAAGAUCGGUCAUGGGUGGCCUCGUAAGAAAGGGCACUACCGCCGGAUCUAUGACAUCUACGACCUCGCUUUCAUGAUGAUCGAGGCUCUGGAUGUCCCUCUUUUUGACCUCAUGGCAAUGUACGUCUCUGUCUACGGAUGUGGUUGGAGUCAGACACUUGCCUUUCUUUUCUUGCUAGCGGAGCUUAUGCUGCUCUUCUCGCACCUUCGAUGGAGCAGACCGUUGGCAUGCGGCCGCAAAGGCCGCAAGAGCACCCCUCGCUGGUGCUGGAUCUUGACGGCAGUCACGAUCAUUGGGCGCGUGGAAGCCACGAAUUCGUGGGCAGCCAGGCCACGAGCCCCACUCAGUGAUGUUGACCUUUGGCGGAUGGGACAACGGUCGCGAUUUGAGCAACUGGCGAUGGCCUCGCAGAGGAUCAUAGACCAGACGCCCCUGCACAGCGGUGGACUGAUGCCUGACAGGCUCUAUGCGACGGGGCCACCUCUGGUCGAGCCACGUCCACCUGACCCUGUUGAGUUCAAUGAGGACCAUGAGGAAGAGCUGGCCAACAACGAGGAGGAGAUUGAGUCCCACCACAUCUCCUUCUGGAUCACCUCGCCAUACAUCGAGCCCUCGUCGAUUGAUGUGGCCCUCUCCUUCCCGAUCUCACUGUCGAGGAUAAAAGAGGUUGUCGACGACAGCAUUGACGGACUUGGGACCUAUUGGUUAAAUGACCUCUAUCCCACCGUCCCGCAGCUCAGCGACCACUACGGCACCAUGGUCCUAGUACCAGAGUGGAUGUACCACUCGGACGUGCGGGCAAUACUCAUUGAUGCCAGGGGCAUCAACAAGGGCAUCUUCUCUGAGUAUGUCUCCAGCCCGAUCACGAGGUUCUUGGUGCUUAGCAAGAUCGACCUAGAAAUGGAUGCCGAAACCGAUGUUUAUGCGGGAGGUGCUUUGGCCCCACUCCUCGAGGGAGACCAAGUACGAGCCCAACAUGGCACACUUGUCCAAGUACUCCCUCGAGGUACAGCUGUGCAGUGGUCCGACCGCAUGGAGGACAGGCUUCAGGACCCACUUCGCUGGGACCCUGAUGAACGACAUCCCGACCUACUACCAGGACGUUUCGUGGAGAUGCAAACCCUUGCCCGCCGAUGCCUCCACCCCAUCACUCGGGGGGAAGAGCUCAACCCGAUGGUUGUGGCCCAAGAUCGAUUUGGGAUCGACCCGGCGACUAUGUGGUUGCGGGCGCCUACGGAGAGACCAAAGGGGAUGCAUGAUCGUGGGCGAAGGGUGCACUCCGUUGUAGCGGUGCUUGAUGAAAGACGACACCCAAAGGCGACCACGGCGGCGGUCACCAUAGACCUGAGACCUGUGGGUAGACAGAUCCUAUGGGCAGCUGCCCCAAAUGGGGUCUUUGACCCGGGAGAGUAUGUCGAGGGACUGCAGCUCCCAGUCGUACAGGGGUUUUCCAUUGUGGUACAUGGAGGACGGAAAAUUGGUGGAGGGCAACUACGAGUUGCUGACGGCGACCUGCUGGAGAUCACCCUCCGGCCCACGGCGGACCUCACACCGACUGGUUCCGAUGAACCGGAGCUCGCAGCCGGACCCCGACUAGACGAAACCGGUCGCAGAAAGGCCAGGGAAAAACCAUUCGGCUGA